AUGGGAGCCCUUCCAUGGCUGAUCCUCCUCUUGCUGUUCCAGGAAGGCAGCCGAAGGGGACUCUGGAGAUGGCGUAGAUCCGAGGAAGUGGUUGCGGUCCUUCAGGAGUCCAUCACUCCCCUGGAAAUACCAUUGGAUGAAGAGGUUGAGAACAUCAUCUGGUCCCCACACAUAAGGCUUGCCACUGUGAUGCCAGGGGAAGAGGGACAUCCGGCUACCAUCAUGGUGACCAACUCUCGCUAUGAGGGCUGAGUGAGCUUCCUGGAGCCACCUACUUACUCCCUGCACAUCAGCAAUCUGAGCUGGGAGGACUCGGGGCCUUACCAUGCUCAAGUCAACCUGAGGACGUCCCAGAUCUCCACCAUGCAGCACUACAAUCUUUGUGUCUACCGAUGGCUGUCACAGCCUCACAUGACUGUGAACUUUGAGAUUUCUGGGGAAGAAGGUUGUAAUAUGUCCUUGACAUGAUCCGUAGGGAAGGCAGGCCUGGAUGUGACCUACUGCUGGAUAUCCUGGGAGGACGGCGCUGACACAGCCCAUGAAGGCUCUGUCCUCAGCACGUCCUGGAGGCCCGGGGACAAGGUCAUCUCCUACACAUGCAGGGCAAACAACCCCAUCAGCGACAUCAGCUCCCAUCUCAUCCCUGCUGGGCCCUUCUCUGCAGCCCCUCUCUCCUUGCCUUCUUCUGUCCCGGAUCUUGGCUACCCUUCGGAGAAGUCCUCCACUUCCUUCUGUCUCCUGGCCAAGACAUUGCUCAUCCUCUUGCUUUUUGUAAUUCUUGCUGUGGGGCUUUGGCUCAUCCGAGUCCAGACAAGGUGCAAAAUGCCAAGAAUGAAGAAACUCAGGAGAAACAGAAUGAGACUGAGGAAGAAAGGGAAGCCUGGCCCCAGACUGGCCUGA